UAUGAAUGGAAUAGAGAUAUAUCAGACAAAGGUAUUAUACUGAUGUAAGAAAAAAGUAAGAGAAUGUAUAGAUUGAUGGAACCAUAUAGGGUAUAUAGAAGGUGAAGUACUAUAACUAUAGUUUUUCUCAUUCUCUCUCUCUAUAUCUCUCUCUCUCUCUCUCUAAUUCAUUCAUGUCUACCACCUAAGCAAAUUAUCAUGAUGAAACUCCCUCUGCAGCAAGCACUCCAAAAAAGUGAAUACAUUCCUCAUCAAAAUCUUCUUACCCUUAAAUUUACCUCAUUGAACACAACCUUCUCAUUCACAAUCCCCACAAUUCCAAAACAAUGAAACCUUUUCUUUUCUUUCUCAUCACAUUCUUAUUCUUUUCCCAAACACAGUUGCUACCACUAGUUUCCUCUGCCACAACAACUAUUCCCUUUCAACUCAUAAGCCUCCUCUCAAUAAAAUCCUCCCUCAUUGACCCUCUAAAUCAUCUCAAUGAUUGGAAAAAUAACCCUUCUGAUUCCAAUAACCAGCAAGACCCAAUUUGGUGUUCUUGGACAGGAAUCAAUUGCCACCCAAAAACAGCUCAAAUUACUUCCCUUAAUCUCUCUAACCUCAACCUUUCAGGCAUAAUCUCGCCCAAAAUCCGCUACUUAACUACGUUAACUCACUUGAACAUUAGUGGAAAUGACUUCAAUGGAACUUUCCAAACAGCAAUUUUUCAACUCAAUGAGCUUAGAACACUGGACAUCAGCCAUAACUCAUUCAACUCAACUUUCCCACCUGGAAUUUCAAAGCUUAGAUUCUUAAGAGUCUUCAAUGCUUACAGUAACAGUUUCGUAGGCCCUCUCCCCGAAGAAUUUAUCAGGCUACCUUUUUUAGAACACCUUAACCUCGGUGGAAGCUACUUCAGUGGCAAAAUCCCUCAAAGUUAUGGAACUUUCAAAAGACUCAAAUUUCUUUAUUUGGCUGGUAAUGCAUUGGAAGGUUCACUACCACCUCAACUAGGCUUAUUAUCAGAGUUACAACGCUUGGAAAUCGGAUACAACUCCUACUCAGGAGCAAUACCAGUGGAAUUAACAAUGUUGUCUAAUCUCAAGUACUUGGAUAUCUCAGGUGCCAACAUUUCUGGUCAAGUGAUUCCUGAACUAGGUAACUUAUCCAUGCUUGAAACACUGCUUCUCUUCAAAAAUCAUUUACAUGGUGAAAUCCCAUCAAGCAUAGGAAAGUUGAAAUCAUUGCAAGCUCUUGAUUUAUCGGAAAAUGAACUCACUGGUUCGAUUCCAUCAGAAAUAACAAUGUUGAAGGAGAUAGUAGAUUUGAGGCUCAUGUAUAACAAGCUAAAAGGUGAAAUUCCACAAGAAAUUGGUGACCUUCCAAAACUCAACACUUUCCAUAUUUUCAACAACUCAUUCACCGGUGCAUUACCACCAAAACUCGGUUCUAACGGGUUACUACAAUUACUCGAUGUUUCCACAAACUCGCUCCAAGGUUCAAUCCCUAUCAACAUUUGCAAAGGAAACAAUCUUGUAAAAUUCAAUAUCUUCAACAACAAAUUCACCAAUAACCUUCCAUCAUCACUCACAAAUUGCACCUCACUCAUUCGAGUUCGUAUCCAAAACAACAAUCUCAAUGGGUCAAUUCCACAAACACUUACAAUGCUUCCAAAUUUAACCUACCUUGAUUUAAGCAACAACAAUUUCAAAGGGGAAAUUCCUCAAGAAUUUGGGAGCCUACAAUAUCUAAACAUCUCAGGAAACUCUUUUGAAAGCGAAUUACCUAACAGCAUUUGGAAUUCAAGUAAUCUUCAGAUUUUCUCAGCUUCAUUCUCGAAAAUCACCGGUCAAAUUCCCGAUUUUUCUGAUUGCAAAUCGAUCUACAAGAUCGAAUUACAAGGAAAUUCAAUCACCGGCACAAUUCCAUGGAACAUUGGUGAUUGCGAAAAACUGCUUCAGUUAAACCUAAGCAAAAACAACCUCACCGGAAUCAUUCCUUACGAAAUCUCAACUCUUCCUUCAAUCACCGACGUUGAUCUCUCGCAAAACUCACUCACUGGAACAAUUCCAUCAAGCUUCAACAAUUGCUCAACUCUCGAAAAUUUCAACAUCAGUUUCAAUUCCCUUACCGGAGCAAUCCCUUCCUCCGGCGUCUUCCAAAGCCUCCAUCCUUCUUCCUACUCCGGCAAUGAAAAUCUCUGUGGUGUUCUCUUAGCCAAACCCUGCGCCGAUGAAGCAGUCACCUCCGGCGAAAACGAACUCCAAGUUCACCGUCAACAACCGAAGAAAACCGCCGGCGCAAUUGUUUGGAUCAUCGCCGCCGCGUUUGGGAUCGGACUCUUCGUCCUCGUCGCCGGAACACGGUGUUUUCAAACAAACUAUAACCGUCGAUUUAACGGUAAUGACGCUAACGGCGAAGUUGGACCGUGGAAGUUAACGGCGUUUCAACGGUUAAAUUUCACAGCGGAAGACGUUCUCGAAUGCGUUUCAAUGUCUGAUAAAAUCUUAGGAAUGGGAUCCACUGGAACUGUUUAUAAAGCGGAACUUCCAGGUGGCGAAAUCAUAGCCGUUAAAAAGCUUUGGUCAAAACAAAAGGAGAAUAGUACUAUAAUCCGACGGAGGAGAGGGGUUCUAGCUGAAGUGGAUGUAUUAGGAAAUGUGAGACACAGGAAUAUUGUGAGAUUGUUAGGGUGUUGUAGUAACAAGGAAAUUACCAUGUUGCUUUAUGAGUAUAUGCCAAAUGGUAACCUUGAUGAGUUUUUGCAUGCAAAGAAUAAAGGGGACAAUAUGGUAAUUGUGAGUGAUUGGUUUACUAGGUAUAAGAUAGCUUUGGGUGUGGCACAAGGGAUAAGUUAUCUACACCAUGAUUGUGAUCCGGUGAUCGUGCAUAGAGAUCUUAAACCUAGUAAUAUUUUGUUGGAUGGUGAGAUGGAAGCUAGAGUGGCAGAUUUUGGUGUUGCUAAGUUGAUUCAAACGGACGAGUCUAUGUCUGUUAUUGCUGGUUCCUAUGGUUACAUUGCUCCGGAAUAUGCUUAUACACUCCAAGUUGAUGAGAAGAGUGACAUAUACAGCUAUGGAGUGGUAUUAAUGGAAAUUUUAAGUGGAAAACGCUCUGUAGAUCAAGAAUUUGGUGAUGGGAAUAGCAUUGUAGAUUGGGUUAAAUCCAAAAUAAAGAGCAAAGAUGGAAUUGAAGGUAUAUUAGACAAGAAUGCUGGUGCAGGGUGUAAUUCAGUGAGGGAAGAAAUGAAACAAAUGCUUAGAAUUGCAUUGCUUUGCACAAGUAGAAAUCCAGCUGAUAGACCUUCAAUGAGAGAUGUUGUGUUGAUGCUUCAAGCUGCUAAACCUAAAAGGAAAUUGUUUGAUAGUGUUGUUGUAAGUCAUUGUGCUAGUGGUGACAAUGUUGAUGGUGGUGGAGGUGAUGAUAUUCCAUUGGCUCAAAAGCCAAUUACCAAUGAAAGCUAGUUUAAUAUGUUUAUAAGAUUGAGAUGGGUUUUCUUUUUUUCUUCUUUUUCUUUUUGAUAUUUUUCUUAUUGUGGGGGAUUGGUAUAGGAGAGAAAGUGAUUUUCUGUUUUUAUUUUCAAUGGAAUUUCAAAGUCUUAUUUGUCCUAGCUAAUUUGUCAUGACUCUUGUUUCAUAAUGUUUAUAUAUUAA